GGAGCACAGAAGGUGAGGGAAGCCGUGGCUGAAGGGGGAGUAGAGCUGUGCACAGAGGAGGGGACAAGGGCUGUGACUGCAGGGACGUAGGAAGUCAGGCAGUGUUCUGUGGGACAUGGCUAUAGAAGUACUGUAGGACGUAGAUCUUCAAGUAGUAAAGCUCUGGGACCAUGUAUUCAUGAUGACUCUUGCUUUCUGCACCAGGUACUUCCCGCCAUCUGUCACCUGAAAUGAGGAGCUGAUAACUGACUACAACAAGAUGAUAUACUCUAGCAAAGCCCAGCUUGUGGCCAGUUUAUUUCUUGUAACGAUGGCAAUGGUAGACAUGUUAACACCCACGUAUCAAUGGACAGAUGAGACGGGCAAGACUAUUAUGUGUCAGAAGUGCCCACCCGGGACCUACAUGGCUAAACAUUGCUCUUCUGAAAGUGACACCGUAUGCUUGGCGUGCCCAGAAGAGCAUUAUACCCAGUACUGGAAUUACCUGGACAAAUGUCGAUUCUGCAACGUCCUCUGUCAGGAAGGAGAACAAGUGAAACACGAGUGCAAUUCCACACACAACAGAGUAUGCGAGUGCCAGCCUGGCUACCACCACAACGGCCACUAUUGCGUCAAGGAUCUACAGUGCAAUUUUCAAGAUGAUACACAGGAGGAAGCGCACACCUUCCGGCGACUGGAACUCACAAUUUUCAAGCACAAAGGAAGGAAGCCCAUCAGCCAGAAAAGAAUUCGGAACCUAUUAAAGGCUUUCAAAAACAUUGAUCCAAAACACCCUCUGCUCCCACGCCUUCUGAAAUCCUUACAAGAAGCCAACAUUCACAGUUUAGAAAAAAAGCUGCGGAAGAGAUUCUUAGAGUAGGAAGACUAGUGAGGUCUGAGAAGCAGCUGUACCUCCGCCUGAAGCAGGGCGGGCCAUACCAUUAUUCCAGCUGUGGAAUAUCAAAUAUACCUUUUCUUGGUAUCCUAUUUGCUCCACUUUUGGAGAUCCAUUAAGAAAAGAAACUUUUUUCAAUGAUUUUACCAUACUUUUUUAAAUGUUUUCUGUGAUUUUAAUUCAAAUUUUUUAUUUUAUUUCAGCACUGCCGCACAUAUAUUACCUCUUACUGUUCCUUUAAUUUAUUAUAACCCCACCUCCUUCAUGCCAUUGAAUUUCAUAAAGGUUUAUGUUUAAAGGGUUUUACUAUUUUUCACAAUAAAAGUUAUUUUAUAUAA